AUGGCAAAGCAACCUGUCUCUGUGUUUUCUCCUCUGCCUCAAUACAACCUGUUAUCAGCCUGUGGCUGGGGGUACAUUCUUUACAAUGUGAUCACUGUCUUCCCAAUGGUUGGCCAACCUCAAUUCUUCGAACAAACAAAAGAUACUGUAACAAUAGUACAAUGUUUUGCCAUAAUUGAGAUUGUGAACUCUUUAUUAGGAAUUGUUCGUUCACCUAUUGUGACUACAGUUGCCCAAGUAGCAUCUAGGUUACUAGUGGUCGUUGGUAUUUUCCAAUACUUGCCUGAAGCACCUGGUACGGAAUCGUACGCAUACAUUACCUUAUUAUUGGCUUGGUCUAUAACAGAAAUUGUUAGAUACCUUUACUAUUUCUGUAUGCUGGUUUAUGCUGAGGGGACACCAACCAUUUUGAUCUUAUUGAGAUACAACUUAUUUUGGGUAUUGUACCCAACCGGGGUUGCUAGCGAAUUAUUCAUUAUAUACUCUGCCUUAUCUGUCGCCGAGACUAAGUACUCGCCACUUUACAAAUGGGUAUUGAUAGGUUCUAUGAUCACUUAUUUGCCAGGGUUACCUACCUUGUUCUUACAUAUGGUGGCACAAAGGAAGAAAGUCAUGAAGAGUCUAAGAGAAGAUGCUUCCAAGAAGAAGAAGAACUGA